UGGAUCCAGCCACCGAUAUUCACAUCUGCAACAACCCUGCAGAGUUUAAGUGGAAAGCUCCAGCAGCUGACGACGACGUCGUACUCGCAGGAGGAACUGAGACGAAAAUUGAGGCAUGGGGUGAAGUCAAGCUGCCUCUAUCAACACUAA